UAAGCAAAACGGCACGCCGUUUAAGUUGUAACCAAGGAUUGCAUGUCGUUCUUAUUUCAACAACCGAAACUUCAUGAAAUGCCAAGAAAAAUCUGGUCACUUCAUCAAGUGAUCAUUGUGUAUGUAUGUGUCUAAAGACUCUAGAUAACAAGCGAAGGUCUUAGAAAAAGAGCAUUUCCUUUUUAAUUCAAGAAACUCCAAGAACGUUCUCUCUUCAUCAUUUAGUUCCCUAUAAAUAUGGACCAAUUACUCAUCUCAGAAAUCAGAUCAAAACAGCAAGAAAAUCACUAGAAAAGCAACAAACGAUGUCUCUAAUUCCAAGCAUUUUCGGAGGACGUAGAUCAAACGUCUUCGAUCCGUUCUCGCAAGACGUAUGGGAUCCAUUCGAAGGAUUCUUCACGCCAUCUUCUGCGUUAGCAAACGCUUCAACCGCUCGUGAUGUGGCAGCGUUUACAAACGCAAGAGUGGACUGGAAGGAGACCCCCGAAGCACACGUGUUCAAAGCGGAUUUACCGGGACUGAAGAAGGAAGAAGUGAAGGUUGAGGUUGAAGACAAGAACGUUCUGCUGAUUAGCGGAGAGAGGAGCAAGGAGAACGAAGAGAAGAACGAUAAGUGGCACCGUGUGGAGAGGGCUAGUGGGAAGUUUAUGAGGAGGUUUAGGUUGCCGGAGAAUGCAAAGAUGGAGGAAGUGAAGGCAAAAAUGGAGAAUGGUGUGCUUACGGUUGUGGUUCCCAAAGCGCCAGAGAAGAAGCCUCAAGUCAAGUCGAUUGAUAUCUCGGCUAAUUGAAUAUGAAGAUUGAAAAUGCAGAUUUGGUGUGUGCAAUAAAAAGCUUGUGUGCUUAAGUUUGUGUUUCUUUUUUCUUUUGGGUUUGUUGUGUUGUGAAAUUGUCGCUUUCUUUCUAAAAUCAUAUGAAUGUAAGAUCUCAUCAUAAUGAAUAAACGAAUGUUUCUAUAAUC